AUGUUCAAGUGGGAGAAGAACUUCCCUCCGUUGAUCACUAAGCUGUCAUUCAGUCAGGAGAUUAUGAUACAAAAUCACCCUUCUUGCCCUGGUAUCUCCCCCUAUGACAGCAACUGUCCCUCGAAAAAGGUAUACCGACACAAUAACUGGCCAAUCGGGCUGUUGUCCUCUCGGGCUAUCUAUCAACCCGCGGACUGUGUCCCGGGAACCCCAACUACCAACAACCCGACUUGCCCAGCCGACGAUGGGAAACUCUAUGUUAAGAAUGGGCUUUCGUACAAAGUGUACUGCGAUUUGGUUUUGCUUAUGUGGUUGACGCUAAGGCAUGUGCGGAUCUAUGUGCCUCUAAGCCUGCGUGUGAAGAUGCAACGUAUCGUUCAUCUGAUAAAGGACAAAAUCCUGGGGCCGAAUUACAAAGGUACUCCUUUGCCAGGAGCCAUUGUAUUAGCUAAGCAGUAA